ACACUUUUGGCGCCAUCUUUUUUUCUUUCUUAAAUGGGGGAGGAUGGUCGUUGACGACCCUAUGGAACAGUCAACUGUAAAGACAAUAUGGACACUUCCACAAUCACGAGUAAAAAAGAUAAUGAAACUGGAUGAAGACUCGUUACUUGUGCGGGAAGAAACAGUAGCCGUGGUUACCAAAGCAACAGAACUAUUUGUGGAUUAUUUGGUAAAAGAAAGUAUCAAAGAUAACAAGGAUAAGUUGAGUUACAAGGCCCUGUCAGAAACUGUUCAUUCCGUUCCAGCACUACACUUUUUACGAGAGGUAGUUCCAGAAAAACUAAGUGGUGAGUACUUGUUGUUUCGAGAUGGUGGUCCUGAAAAAGAAGAAGCAAUACAACAAGUAGAAUAGAAACAGGAUAAACCCUUCUUGCUAGUCGACCACUCUAUGCCUCUCGGCUGCAAGUGGAACGUAAAGAGGAUGAGUGUAGAAGUUGAGAUUCUGGCCAGUGAAACCGUGCACUGGAAUAGUUGCUUUGGCAACUAAGAACGACGCUGUUGUUGUUGUUACUAUUAUUAUUUCUUGUUGGCGAUAAAAUGGCUUUGGGUAAUUGAUAGAUUGUGCA